GACUGUACCCCGGCCAUGGCCGAGGUCGGAGCCUGGUUAUGCUGUGGCCGCCCCCUGCUCCUCUUCACCUGCUUCUUCGCGCCCUUCCUCGCCCAGCCCCGAGUCGGCCCCGCCGCCCGCGCCCCUUACGCGGGUGUAUCUGGACCUUCUUUUAUUGCUAAAAGUGAAGAUCGUUUGUUUAAACAUUUAUUUGAAGACUAUCAAAGAUGGGUUCGUCCAGUGGAACGCUUGAAUGACACAAUAAAAAUCAAGUUUGGCCUUGCAAUCUCUCAGCUUGUAGAUGUGGAUGAGAAGAAUCAAUUGAUGACAACAAAUGUCUGGUUGAAACAGGAAUGGAUAGAUGUAAAAUUAAGGUGGAAUCCUGAAGACUAUGCUGGAAUAACAUCUAUUCGUGUCCCAUCAGAUUCUAUUUGGAUUCCAGACAUUGUGCUCUAUGACAACGCAGAUGGACGGUUUGAGGGAACAUCUACGAAAACUGUAGUGAAAUAUGAUGGCACCAUUGCGUGGACUCCACCAGCAAACUACAAAAGUUCUUGUACUAUUGAUGUAACCUUCUUUCCCUUUGACCUCCAAAAUUGCUCUAUGAAAUUUGGUUCCUGGACUUAUGAUGGCUCACAAGUUGAUCUAAUUCUUGAAGAUUCUGAUGUUGACAAAAGAGACUUUUUUGAUAAUGGAGAAUGGGAAAUAGUGACUGCAACGGGGAGUAAAGGAAAUAGGACUGAUGGCUGCUGCUGGUAUCCUUUUGUUACAUACUCGUUUAUAAUUAGACGCUUGCCACUUUUUUACACGUUGUUUCUCAUUAUUCCAUGUAUUGGGCUUUCAUUUCUAACUGUCCUUGUCUUUUAUCUUCCUUCAAAUGAAGGUGAAAAAAUUUCACUUUGCACUUCAGUACUGGUAUCUUUGACUGUUUUUCUUCUUGUUAUAGAAGAAAUUAUUCCAUCAUCUUCUAAAGUUAUCCCACUUAUAGGAGAGUACUUGGUGUUUACUAUGAUAUUUGUGACCUUGUCCAUUGUGAUAACUGUCUUUGCUAUCAAUAUUCAUCAUCGCUCUUCGUCUACACACAAUACUAUGGCACCUUGGGUUCGCAAGAUAUUUCUUCACAAACUUCCCAAGCUGCUGUGCAUGAGAAGUCAUGUAGACAGAUACUUUGCUCAGAAGGAGGAAACAGGAAAUACGAAUGGAUCCGAAUCAUCUAGGAACACUUUGGAAGCAGCUCUAGAUUCUAUCCGAUACAUUACAAGACAUGUUAUGAAGGAGAAUGAAGUUCGUGAGGUUGUUGAAGAUUGGAAAUUUAUUGCUCAAGUGCUUGAUCGAAUGUUCUUAUGGACUUUUCUUCUGGUUUCAAUAAUUGGAUCGCUUUUGUUAUUUAUUCCUGUUAUUCAUAAGUGGGCAAGUAUAAUAGUACCUUCGCAUAUAGGCAGUUCAAAUGCAUAAAAGGUUUUUGUAUCUGCCUCCUGCUAACAUGGCUCUAGAGAGUUUUGGCAGUAGCACUGUUUCCAAGCACGUUCUUCAUAGGCAUGUUUCUAAUAGAGUAAAAAGAAAUCCAAAACCAGAAAAAUAUGUUUAUAUUAAAAUAUGGCAUCCCUAGGACACAUAGAAGUCAAUUUGCUUAUUGCCGAUCUACUAAGUUACCUGUAAAUCAAGUCAGAAUUAAAACACUUGCAUGUAUGAUGAGUCAGAAAAUCAGACAAUGACACCUACUGCAAAA